AUGCCUGCCAAGGUGCUGGCCGCGGACGAUUGGUUCGAGGUGUCCCUCGUCAAGCAAACCACUUCAACGAUCACCUUCCGGUGGACGUUCCGCAACCCGCUCGAUGUGCUUUACGACCUGUUCAAGAUCGAGAAGUGCUACAGCGUGAAGCGCGACCGAUGGCAAACGGUGCACUGGAGCACGGCGGCCACCUUGACGGUGCGUAACCUGGAGCAGAACCUGUGCUACUCGUUUCGGGCCAGCGUCCUCCAUCAGCCGACGGAUGGGGCCUUUCAGUACGUCUACCAGUCGCCCAUCUUCAAGGCCUGCACCUGCACCCUGCCGAACGUGGGAACGAUGGGUAUCUACAGGGCGGUGAAGAAGUGUCAACCAACUCUCGUCCGACGGUUGCUGUACGCGGCCCCCGAGCUCGUUAACGUCCCGGUACACGGUGAAACCUUCCUCUACCUGGCAGUCCGCAGUGGCAGUUUGGAGCUGGUAAAUGCUCUGCUCGAUUCCGGCGCGAACAUCGAUCUCGGCGUGCCGGACACGAACGUCACGCCACUGCACCUGGCAGUGUACGGGCGCAACCUGACGAUCCUGCGACACCUCAUCGAGCGGGGCGCCAAUCUGCAUGCCCAGAACUGCGUCGGAAUGGGCAUCGGCCACUACGCUAUCGACACGGACGAUCUGGCGAUGGUAAAGUACGUACUCGGGCAGGGCAUUAGUCUGGAGACGCGCGAUCGGUGGUGCCACUGGACGCUGAUCUUUCGGGCGCUGUACAUGGGCGCAUCGGUGGAUAUCGUGCGUCACCUGCUGGAGCGCAAAUGCCGGUUGAAGGUGAAGGAUCGGUUGCGGCUCACGCCGCUCUACUACGCUAACAUGCUGGGCCAGGAGGAGAUCAUUCGAUUGCUGCGCCGUCGGUUGAAGAUUUAACGGAGAACAAGGCCAGCUUUCAAAGACAUUCGCAGACUGAUGAGUAACGUACUCCGCAAUUAUAUAAGCCAAGAACUGAAGACGAUUCAUCGCUUUUCAACAAUCCGCUGGAAAGUUUGAUGUUCGGCACUACCAGAUACCCGAGGGCAUUAACAAAAAGUACUUUUUUCAAUAUUGAAACUAUUCGAGAGACUGAUUGAGUCCCAUAUUCUGUCUGUUGCUAACGCGAUGGAUUGAAGCUAGGAUCACUACUAGGGUCCCUACUAGGGUGUGGUUGUAGUUAUAUAGUUUAGUUUAAUACCAAAAGCCAGUUCCAACGACC